ACAGCCAAUAAGAUGCCUCAGGCUUCAGGCGGUGUAGGCUGACUCAGCUACUCGGGCCUCAUUCAGUCUCGAUUCUCAGCCUCUCUAUUCCACUGUCCAGACACAACGAGCCACCAUGACUACCGCCCACAGACCCACAUUUGAUCCCGCGCAAGGGAAAGAGGCCCUCCGUGGCCCAGCCUACCACCAGCGACUUCUCCCGGCGCACACGCAUCUGAAGACUCGGCAACUGGGUCAAGGCAGUGAAAACGAAUCGCAGCAACGCGACCUGCGCGCCGAACUCCUCCAGGCCGAAGCCGCCCAUUUCGCCAAGAAGAAUGGUGUUCCGGUGGAUGCGCCUGCCCUUGAGAACGCUGCGCCGAAACGCCAGCUCGAAGGAGCGCCUGCUAGCGGAGAGGAGGGGACGAAGGAAGAAGACCCGGAAGCGAAACGGCGGCGAAUACUAGAAGAGACGCGAGACAUCGAUGCAGAUUCGGACGGGUCAGAGGAGGACAGCAGUGAGGACGAUAGUGACGACGACGAGGACGAGGCUACCGAGCUGAUGCGAGAGCUGGAGAAGAUCAAGAAAGAGCGACAGCAGCAGAAAGAGAAAGAGGAACAAGAGCGCGCCGCCGAGGAAGAGGAACAACGCGAGGUGGAUAUUGCACGAGGCAAUCCCCUGUUGAACUCCCAGGACUUCAACCUGAAGCGGAGAUGGGAUGACGACGUGGUUUUCAAGAACCAAGCUCGCGGGACCGAGAACAGGGGCGACAAGGAGUUUGUCAAUGACUUGCUGCGAUCCGAUUUCCACAAGCGUUUUAUGUCCAAAUAUGUGCGGUAGAGGUCUGGAGCUGCUCUCCAAUUUACUUAUCGAGCCCUUUUGUAUUACCGCAAGGGACACACCCGAGAUCCUAAAUGAUCAGCCGAUCAUUGAACUGAAGGCAAGCACUGGCAGGUUCAACAAUCAAAACCAAUGUCAGACCGGGACGCAUAGUCUGGCUAUCAGAGGCCUCAAGGGAGGAAGGAGUCUGGACAAGGCUCGCCAAAUACCUUAUCACAGGCCAACAAGUACCAUUAUUCUCGAUAAUCACCAGUCAAAUGAAACCUUUCUAUA